AACUCACAUCAGAAUUCAGAAAUGCAUUGCUCCGCAGAAUUUACUUUGAUAUUUCAAUUAAAAUUGGGCAUGGACCCUAUCCUCAAGGUUAUCAGCCAAAAGUCUAGACUCACAAAAGAAGGGAAGGGAGAUCAGAUUGAUAUUGUCAAAACAAACUGAUAAGUUCUUCACAGAACAUUCUUAUCCCCAAUGACGCCAGGCUGAAUUUUUAAAGGCAUUCCUCUUCAGAUGUAGUUGCUGAGGCAAUUAUUUGGUGCCUUUUAGUCCUUUCUCCAGAACUAUAUCAGUGGUACUUUUCCCUUGGAACAGAAAGUUUUACUUUUGGAUCCCUUUGUGGCCAGUAACCAGAUUUCUUCUUGAAGAACAUCCUCCAGCAUGUGUAUAUAACUAAAUCAUAUUACGUGUGCAGUUCAUUAAGUCAAAUAAAGUUUUUCCCCUCAUUUAAAGUUCUGCUAAUGAACAGUGCACACAGUGACCCAAAAUACAUUUGAUAGGUUAUCUGGCUGAAGACAGAUAAGUUAAUUGAAAUACAUGCUAAACAUAUAAUCAAAGACUUCUUGUAUUGUGCUAAUACACACACAUAACACACACACACACACACACACACACAGAGAGAGAGAGAGGUUUUAUUUUUUAUUUAUUUUUUAUUUUUUUAGAUAUACUUAGGACAUGCUAGUCUCUGUAGUUUCAUGAAAGAGUGAGGGCAAAAAGCUGUUUUCAUAUACUAAAUACCUGACGUGCUAGCAUACAUUUCCUAGUAAAUAAGGGAUAUAUUGUCAACGUGCAAAGAUUCCAUACACUUAGAAGAGUGUAGUUAAGCUUUUUAUAGUACUACACUUGAAAAGAGUUCUAGAUCAGGGAAGAGGGAAAUCUGCUGUGUACAUUUAAUCAAGCAGAGACUUCUAUUUAGGGGUGUGAAUUUGACAGGAACAUAAGUUCUAAAUCACAUUGGUGUGUUUGGGUUGCAUACUCUCUCUCCCUUGAUGGAGAAAUCCAAAGCAGACCUAGAAGUAGCUGGAGACUCUGAGGGUGAAUCCCGUCAAGAUCUUUUGUCUGAGAAACCAGAUGCCCGCCCUGCCUGGGGGUCAAAGGCUCAGUAUAUCCUCGCCCAGGUUGGCUUUUCUGUUGGACUCGGCAACGUCUGGCGUUUCCCCUACCUGUGCCAUCAAAAUGGUGGAGGUUCUUUUCUGCUUUUAUACCUGCUGCUGCUCUUUAUGAUUGGAAUCCCUCUCUUCUUCCUGGAACUGGCCGCUGGGCAGAUUAUCCGGCAGGGCAGCAUUGGCGUCUGGAAACACAUCAGCCCUCGGCUAAUAGGCAUCGGCUUUGCAAGCUGUGUGGUGUGUUCUUUUGUUGCCCUAUAUUAUAAUGUCAUUAUGGCAUGGAGUCUUUUCUACUUGGGUAAUUCUUUCCAGUUUCCCCUUCCGUGGAGUGAUUGCCCUGGAACAGAAAAUGAAACAGCUAUAGUCACAGAAUCUGAAUGCAUGGACAGUUCUCCCACUAUCUAUUUUUGGAACCGAAAGGCCUUGCACAUUACCAACUCCAUAGAGGAGAGCGGGGGUCUUGACCCAGCCCUUACUGGCUGCCUCUUUGCUGCUUGGAUGCUGGUUUGUCUCGCCAUGAUCAGAGGGAUUAAAUCGUCAGGCAAG